UUUUUUUUUUUUAAUCAGCAAAAUAAAAAAAAAUGCCUCGCGAAAUUAUUACACUUCAGACUGGCCAAUGUGGCAAUCAAAUUGGUAGUGAGUUUUGGAGACAGAUUUGUACAGAACAUGGAAUCAGUAACGAUGGUACGUUAGAAGAUUUUGCUACUGAAGGAGGAGAUAGAAAAGAUGUAUUCUUUUAUCAGGCAGAUGAUGAACAUUAUAUUCCCCGUGCACUUUUAUUAGAUCUUGAACCUAGAGUUAUUAACAACAUUAAAGCAUCACCUUACGCUAACUUAUACAACCCUGAAAAUAUUUUUACUUCUCAAGACGGCGGAGGAGCAGGAAAUACAUGGCCAAACGGUUAUUCUCAAGGAGAGAAAUUUGCUGAAGAUAUAUUAGAUAUGGUGGACAGAGAAGCAGAUAAUAGCGAUUCACUUGAGGGAUUUAUGUUACUGCAUUCAAUUGCUGGUGGCACUGGAUCUGGUUUAGGAUCAUUUUUAUUAGAGAAACUGAAUGAUCGUUAUCCAAAGAAAUUACUUCAAACAUAUUCGGUUUUCCCUAAUUCUGAAGAAGUAUCAGAUACAGUUGUUCAGCCUUACAAUAGUAUGCUUGCACUUAAGCGAUUGACUCAUAAUGCAGAUAGUGUAGUGGUCUUGGAUAAUACAGCAUUAUCUCGAAUCGCAACUGAUCGAUUACAUAUUCAACAACCUACAUUUGAACAAACAAAUCAACUUGUGUCUACCGUCAUGUCAGCAAGUACAACAACACUUAGAUAUCCGGGUUAUAUGAAUAAUGAUCUUGUGGGCAUUGUUGCAUCAUUGAUUCCAACACCUCGAUGUCAUUUCUUAACGACUGCAUACACACCAUUUUCAAGUGAGCAAGUAGAAAAGGCUACUUCUAUUCGCAAAACAACAGUAUUAGAUGUGAUGAGAAGAUUAUUACAACCUAAAAAUAGAAUGGUAUCUAUUGUGCCAUCAAAGAGCAGUUGCUAUAUUUCAAUACUUAAUAUAAUUCAAGGAGAAGCAGAUCCCACAGAUGUUCACAAAUCUUUAUUACGUAUUCGAGAAAGAAGACUAGCAUCAUUUAUACCAUGGGGACCGGCAAGUAUUCAAGUCGCCUUAUCUAAAAAAUCACCUUACGUACAGACACCACAUCGAGUGAGUGGAUUAAUGCUCGCGAAUCACACGAGUGUUGCUUCAUUAUUCAAACGUACAUGUGAUCAGUAUGAUAAGUUGAGGAAAAGAAAUGCAUUCUUGGAACAAUACAGAAAAUAUGCCAUGUUUGCAGAGGAUUUGGAUGAAUUUGAUGAUUCACGAAAUGUUGUUCAGGAAUUGAUUGAUGAAUAUGAAGCAUGUGAGACACCUGCAUAUAUUAAUUAUGGUAUGAAUAGAGACAAUCAAAUGGAGACGUCGUAAUUUAACACAUGACGGAUAUUUAUUAGAAGUCUUUUCUCCCUAAUAAUUUCUUGUAUUAAAAAAGGUGACAGUUCAAAAAUUUUAAAGUACGACAUAACUGAGAAAAGAUGUAAAUAAAGUAAACAAUCGAAAAAAAAA